AUGAUUUUUAAAAUCUCUCAGCUGAUUCAGAUAUUUGUUGUUUCAUUUCUUCUUUUUGUGGAGUUGGUGAAUGGCCGGCCAUUUGCCUAUCAUUAUAACUUAAUAGAUAGUAGUGGAUCAAUCAAUCAUGAAAUUGAUAUGAAUGAAGUUGAAUCCGCUCCCGACGACAACAUUAAAUUAGGUUCCGAAUCUCUCCCCUGGAACUACGAAGAUACUGAUAACUGGAACAAAGUUUUCGACAGUUGUAACGGCCGCUAUCAAUCGCCUAUCAACAUCGAUCCCUCCAAGGCAAUAAAAAAGAGCUCUCCCAAUCUGGUCUUUGGCAACUAUGACCACUCAUGGACAAUGAAUAUCACCAACGAUGGUCACACAGUAUUACUCGACUUGUCUACCGACGGCAAGUUACCUUUCAUACGGGGCGGGGGACUUCCGGAUGAGUUUAACUUUGCGCAACUUCACUUCCAUUGGGGCGGAGACUCGGGGCGUGGUAGUGAACAUUUAAUCCAAUCCAAACGAUUCUCAGGGGAACUUCAUUUCGUUCACUACAAUUCAAAAUACGACUCGUUCGCCAAAGCUACAAAAUAUAAAGACGGUGUCGCCGUUUUGGCUAUAUUCAUGGAGGUUGGACUAACCGAUAACAAUGCCUUGAUUCACAUCAUAGGGCAAUUCGGAGAGAUCCUGAAAGGGGGUCAAACGACCCGACUGCAGAGUCCGAUCCUUUUGCGAGAUCUUCUUCCGGUCAACGUUCAAAAUUUUUACAGGUAUACCGGCUCAUUGACCACACCCUCUUGUCAAGAAGUCGUUAGCUGGACAGUUUUUGAGUCGCCCAUCGUCGUUUCUGAACACCAGUUAAAUCAAUUUAGAAAAUUAUUCGACAAGAAAGGGCGUGGCCUCUAUGACAAUUAUCGGCCGAUUCAAGAGGAUCAUGGGAGAAUUAUUACGUAUCAUUCCGGUAACGAAAUUCAUUCGGAACCACUUCAGUCAUGGGAGCAAAACAUCUUAGAUUUUUUCAAAAGUUCACAGUUCGACUCGAAACGAUUUUUCAAAUGGCGACCGUUCAGUCAUUUUGAUAAAUUAACAAAUCCUUUAGAAAUUCCUAAUUGGAGUUAACUGUGGUGAUGUUUGAAUUAUUUGCUAGCGCUUAAUUUUAUGCAUGUUAAUUUACUAUUUGUUGUUUAAAUAUA